AUGGGUUUCAUGGUGGAUGGGAUGAAGCCGGUGGUGGGGAUGGUGCUGGUGCAGAUGGUGUUCGCCGGGGCGAACAUUUUCUACAAGUUGGCGGCCAACGACGGCAUGGAUCUGCGGGUUCUCGUGGCGUACAGGCACCUCUUCGGCGCCGCCUUCCUCCUCCCCGUCGCUUUCUUCGUCGAAAGGUUCUCCCUCUCCAUUUCCAUCUCCAUCUGUUAGCCUCCGUUAGGAUUUUCAAGAAUUCGAUCUUGUUGAUCUUCGUCGUUAUCGUCAUCGUUUUCUUCUUCCUCUUAUUCCUUCUCCUCUUGAUAAUCGUCAUCUGGCUUUCUGAGAGAGUGCCAACGACAACGGAUCCUCUCUCUGAUGCAUUCGACCACCUGUGAUUCUCGUUGCAGGAAAACCCGGCCAGCUAUCACUUGGACGGUCCUGAUUCAGUCUUUCUUCUGCGGGCUAUUUGGGUAAGCCUGGAACAGAAGAAAUAUCCCUUUUUUACAUCGCUCCUGAGGAGUAUCGGAACGGACCAAAAAGGUUUCGGGCUGGGUGAAGCAGUAGAUUUCGAGGUUUUCUUUAGAGAGACGGUCAAUUAAACCUGGUCAACGUAAUCAUCGUACCGCGCCACCCCGUGCCAUUACAACUAACUCCCGUGGCAGCCAGCCUGUUAGUUGACGCGUCGGGCCAUAUCACCACAACGUCGCAUAUGCGGCAGCUAAUGUGAUGGCAUUGAUGGUGGACGGCUCCGGGGUAGAACGGGGAGCACGAUGAGAACAAAAUGAACCCUCGUGGAUCGCUGGUGGGGGAAGAGUUUCCUAACUCGGUCCGGUUCAACCGCAGGGGAACACUGGCUCAGAACCUCUACCUGAUGGCCAUCAAGCUGACGACGGCCACCUUCACGACGGCGAUAGCGAACCUCAUCCCCGCCAUCACCUUCGUCUUGGCGGUGAUCUUCGGGUAAGGCCCUAUGGGAUGCUGUCUACAGACUUUCUUCUUCCCCACUCGCCUCCUCAGAUUGCGCUGAAAUCGUCGUGGUGAUGCGGCCAGGCUGGAGAAGCUGGGUCUGCGGACAAUGGCAGGGAAGGCGAAGUUGGCUGGAACGGCAGUGGGGCUGGGCGGGGCGAUGUUUCUCACCUUCUAUAAGGGGCCGGAGGUCGACAUCUGGCCCAGCAACGUUGACCUGUUGCAAGAGAAGGGCAGCCCGGCGCCGGCCCACCUAGAGUAUGGUAAUCGCGUGAUGGGCUCAUUGUUGGCUGUGGUCAGCUGCUUCUCGUAUGCAAUCUGGUUGAUUAUUCAGGUGAUUUCAAAGUGAUUGACGUCCCCUUGUGAGCUCAGACCGCGGAUUUUCUGACCUCUCGCUGUUGGUGCAGGCUAAGAUGAUCAAGUGUUUCCCGUGCGCCAACUCGAGUGCGGCGUUGAUGUGCCUCAUGGCGGCGGUGCAGUCGGCGGCGCUCGCCCUCUGCAUGCAGAGGGACUGGAACGAGUGGAAGAUGGGUCUCGACAUCAGGCUCCUCACCUCCGUCUACGUGGUGAGUUGAGCAUUCAUCCUUCUCCGUCUCACGCCUGUCCGUCUUCCCUGCUCCGCAAGUGUAUGACUAACGGAGAGCUGACUCUCACGUCAAACACCUGAAUGCAGGGAGUGAUAGCGUCGGGGUUGACUUUAAUGGUGAUGGCGUGGUGCAUCCGUCUGAAGGGCCCGCUGUUCGCGUCGGUCUUCAACCCCCUGAUGCUGGUGGUCGUGGCUGUACUGGGGUCUUUCCUUCUCGAAGAAAAGCUGCACCUUGGGAGGUAAUGCGCGCCGCCGUGUUCCCACAGGCUGGUCUUCUUCUUCUUUUUUUCAAGAUCCUGGGUCAUUAACUGCUUCCUCUGUUUGGUGACAGCCUUUUGGGCGCCAUCUUGAUCGUGGUGGGGCUCUACCUGGUGAUCUGGGGCAAGUGUAGGGAAGCCAAGAAGGCAGUUGAACUACCCGUGGUGAAGCCUCAAGAGCCAGGGCAAGUUGAGGUGACAACGCAGGCGCAGUCGACCGGUCGCUGA